AGUCGGAUUUGAAGCGAAUCGUAUUAUUGUACGUGCACUUUUAAAGCAACACCUAAAUACUAAAUGGAAGUACUAACGAUAAUCAAAUAACGAUUACCUGUGAAAGAGAAAGGACAACUUUAUUUUAGCGUCGCAUCAAUUGAGUGAUAUACGAUGGGAAGCCGACCUGCCAGUAGAUUUGUAAAUAGCUAUGAAAAGGAUGCGGAAGAAGUCCGCGAUAGAUAUCAGGUUUUAAGAGAUCUUGAUGUUUUUAUUUUAGAUAAUUCGAUUCGUGAAAGUACAGUUGGGCAGCUGAAAGGUCAUACAUUAGAGAGUAAAUGGGAAAUUUACAAUGAGGUCAAGAAAUGUGGCUUCGAAAAUAUAAUCGUGGCGUCUUUUUCCCACAUGACACGUGUAGAUGAUAUUUUUAUCACAGAGCUGGUUGAAAAGGGCGAGGACAGAAAUGGACUGUUUGCUUUCUCUGAAGUAACAGAUAUUGUCAAGAAUAUGAUACCGAAUACUGAAAUAGUACCAGUUGGCCUUCGAAAACUCAAAGAUGUCGGUCUAUGGAAUGUCAUCCUUGAAGUAGACCUUGGUGAUACAACAUAUAAUUUCCUUGAAUUUUCAGUCGAAAAGAUGGCGCAACUAAUAAAAAAGUGGCUUGUUUGGAUCCACGAAAAUCUUCAUAAGCAGGCAAAGGUAUUCGUUAAUUUCCGGGAUUUACCGGAAGUCAUGCCAUUUAAUUCGGAAAGAAUUUUCUACAUCAUAGAUUAUUUGGCAAGGCUACCCAGCCACCUGAAGCUGUUUGGUUUAUUAUUUGAAGAACAAAAAGGUACCAGUCUUCCCGAUGAAUUUGGUCUCAUGACAAAAUAUGUUCGCAAAAAGAUGAAUGCUAACAACUGGAAUGGACAUCUCUUAAUCCACGUGCAUGAAAAAUUUGGAUUUUCCGAUUAUACUGCACUUGAGGCCUUACUGAAUGGUGCUAAUGGUAUUUGGGCAAGCGUUUGUCUGGAAGGAGCCGCUAUGGGAAAUGCGUCAUCUUGUGUUACAUUACUAAAUCUAAUUCGACUUGGAAACAAGAACCUUUUAAAGAGAUACACGUGCACGUACCUUAGAAAAGCAGCCAUUAAUAUAACAAAAAUUACAACAGGGGAGGAUCCUCACAGUAAACAACCAAUUUAUGGAGAGCGAGCACUUGAUCUUGUACUUGGCUUGGAUAAGGAGGAGUUUGACUUAUCUGAGUUCUUUGGUGAAAAAGCCCCAGUGAGAAUAUCGUCUGUUGCCUCACCAGAGAUGAUCCGUACCCGGCUUGUACAGAUAUUUGGCGAAGAUGAAAAGUUUACCCUUGAACUGGCUUACAAAAUGAAAGAAGUCAUCCUCGACGAUUUAAAGAAAAGCAGAAAGGAGGAAUACAUGAGUACAGUUGGACUGGCUAUGUUAUUUGAUCGUGCAGGAGGAGCUAUCACUGUUACCAUGAGAGACGCCAUAAGCAAAGAAGAAGUAGUCAGACCGCAUGCGCAAAACAUGAUAGCAAAAAUACGUAGAAGAUGGGACGAAUGGGAUCUGAAAGACGACGUUCAAGGUGAUGAUAUGUUGGAGUACGACUCGUUUUACAAUGGAUUCAUGGCGCCUUACUUUUCAUGUUACAGAUGCUCAGAAACUAAAAAGGCAUUGCAGGCAAUCGAUAUGGACACAGACGGGCAAGUUGACUGGGAUGAGUUUUUAGUGUACAUCAAAUGGGCUAUACACGAGUACCCAGAUGUUCAAAAUGCAGAUGAACUUUUGGAUAUAGCUUUUCGGAAAGGAUUAAUACCUGCCAUGCAGGAUGAGCUUUUGAAAAACUGAUAUGCAUGAUUAUGCAUGAUUAUCAUAUCUGAUAAAGCAACUUGAUAAUGUUUCAUGUAACUUUCAUUUAGUACUUUCAUUGUCAAUCUUAUAAAACAACUUAUUUUGUGACUUUUGAAAAGUAACGCUAAAUUAAGCGUCGUAUAUAUUCUAAAAUAAAAUCUUCAACAACUUGAAUCCUCCGAAAAAAGUAAGAAAAGUUGGCAAGAAAGGGAUAUACGCUACAAUAAGUUGCGUUUCAAUAAAUGUGAAUGUAAAAGUCUGUAUAAAUCUUUGAAAUACUACAAAAAUUUUGAAUUGCAAGACAAAAUUACAAAAAGAAGCAUUCAAUUCUGAUACUUAAAUUUCUAUGGUACAACCAUAGAAUACAAUUAGAAAUAUUUUUUAAAAGCAUUUUCAUAUAAAAAAGAAGAUAUGAAUUUAUUGCCAAUGAGACAACCCUCCACAAGAGACCAAUUGACACAGAAAUAAAUCACUCUAGGUCACCAUACGAUGUAUAACAAUGAGCAAAGCACAUUCUGCA